CAUGAUAAUAUGCAAAUUUCCAUUAUCGUCACAUAUACCAUUAUGUCAUGCUCCAAUACCGGAUUUUUCAAGAUUAGUUGAUAGGCAAGUAAAACUUACGAACAGAUAAUGGAUCAACAAUUAUCAUAUAAUGGUCCAUCAUCAUCGUUAGCAUUAGAUAUUAAAAAAGCUGAAUUGGCUACAGCAGAUUUAAGAACUUUAAUUAAAUAUUCAUCAUUAGUUACGGUGUCUAAAUUAGCUAAUAGAUUAACAUUAUUUGUUGAUAAAGCAAGAAGCGUCGGUAGAGAUUUACAAAUACUUCAAGCUAGAACAAGAAGGUCUUUAAAUAAUUUAAUUACUUAUAAUAUAUUUGCUUUAAAAGCAUUAGAAGAUGUUAGAGAUAAAAAAAUUAUUGGUCAAGAUGCUCUUGGAAGCUUAGCAGAUUUAGAUGAAAUGUUGAUUGCAAUACAUGAUUUAGCAACACAUGAGUCAGCAUAUCAGAAUAAAGAACUUAAUAAAUUGUUGGCCGAACUAUGGACAAUUUUUGGGGGCAAUAAAAAUUUAGAUAAACAUCGCCAUACGGCAGUAUCACAAAUACAAACUACUUUAUACAGUCUAACUUCUUUUCAAUUAGAUAUGGAAGAAUUACGUGAACAAGUUUCUAGGCUAAGUAUAAUUGAAAUGCCAGUUGAAGUUCAUAUUGAAAGCAUUGGUAAAGGUAUUGAAAGGUUAAGAAACAGUAAAGUUGCACUAAAAAGUGGGGGUGAUACUAAAAUAUCCAAGUUAAUUGAUUCAUCUAAUGAAAAUAAUGACAAUAACGUUGCUAAAGAAAUGACUAUUUGAAUUAUUAGUUGUUAAUUCUUUAUCUAAUUAUUUAUUCUAUUUAUCUAUUUAUUUAUUUUUGUAUAUAUUUAUUUUUCUUUAAAUAAUUAUUUAUUAAUAUAUAAAAUAUUACAGCCUUAUAAUUUUUUCUAUUUUCUUUUUUUUCGAAGAACUCAGAUUGUACAAUUAAUAAUCUAAUGAAAAUUAUUAA